UUGCAUGCACACCACGUACGCACGUGCUCAGUGACUGUCAGUACAGUAGUGAUUCUAAUUUAUUUUAAUGUUGUAACGACUAUAGUUAUUAAAAUGUUGCAAGAACCGACGCUUUCCAAUUUAACCAAAGGCAACUUCGGCGAGCCAGCUUCAGAGCCAAACCCGCUGUUGCAACAAUUAGGCCUGCCCCAUGUCACCAGUUUCAACUACAUGAUUAACAAAGGUUUAGACCAAGCAAUCGCCAAUUUAAACCCCAUCGAAUUUACCCUCAACGGCGACAAAAUCAAACUUUCCAUAGUGGAUGGUAGUUUGAGCUGUCCGUUGGCCCCUCUGGGCACCGUUGGGGUCAAAACCAUGAAAAUUUUUCCGUCCGAGUGUCGACAAAAGGCUGCCACUUACAAAGGGCGCUUUUUGGCUAGAGUGCAUUGGGCGAUAAAUGGGGUGCCGCAGUCACCCUUUGAUAAAGAUAUGGGAGAGUUGCCCAUCAUGGUUAAAUCCAAUAAGUGUCACUUGAAUGUGAUGAACCCUAAAGAGUUGGUUAAACACGGCGAGCACGAGGACGAAUGGGGGGGCUACUUUAUAGUCAAAGGUCACGAAAGACUAGUCCGAAUGUUGUUGAUGACGCGCCGAAAUUACCCCAUCGCUAUUCGUAGAGGGGGUUGGAAGAUGAGAGGGUCGUUGUUUUCUGAUUGUGGGGUGACAAUCAGGUGUGUGAAAGAAGACCAAACAGCUACGAAUAACGUUUUACACUUCGUGACCGACGGAAGCGCGAAAUUGAUGUUCAGUUAUAGGAAAAACCUGUAUUAUACGCCUUUAGUUCUAAUUAUGAAGUGUCUGUGUGACUACUGUGACCAAUUUAUUUAUCAGAAACUGAUUCAGGGCUACCAACACGACUCCUACUACGUUGAUUGUGUUCAAAACAUGCUACGUCUGCUCCACGUCGAGAAUCUUCACACCCACGACGACUGCAAAUCCUACUUAGGCAAAAUGUUCCGGAUCAAGUUCACCGAGUGUCCCGAGUGGUACACCGACACAGAAAUCGCCGAUUUCAUCCUCAAAAAAUGCGUCCUAAUCCACCUAAACAAACCAGAAGACAAAUUCAACAUGUUGGUAUUCAUGACACAAAAGCUAUUCGUUUUUGCGCAGGAUCGUUGCAAAGCGGAGGGCGCUGAUGCCGUCAUGAUGCAAGAACUCCUCCUAGGAGGCCACUUAUACCAACAAAUCCUUAAAGAAAAACUCCAGAACUGGCUAAUCGGGUUAAAAUACAAUAUAAUGAAACGUAAUAGCAACGGGAGUCUCACUCAAAGCGAGAUCCUCCAAGCCGCUAAACGUUCGGGAGGGUUAGAACACGCCUUCGGGAAUUUUCUAGCCACGGGAAAUUUAAACAGCACGUCGGGACUAGGUCUAAUGCAAGACAAAGGGUUAACAAUAGUCGCGGAAAAUAUAAAUCGUAUGCGCUACAUGUCGCAUUUCAAGGCGGUUCACCGGGGGGCUUUUUUCCAAGAGAUGCGAACGACUGAGGUUAGACAGUUGUUGCCGGACGCUUGGGGGUUCAUUUGUCCCGUGCAUACCCCCGACGGGAGUCCGUGCGGGCUUUUGAACCACCUCACCACGAACUGCUCUGUCACGGACAUCCCCGAUUCCAAAAAAGUCGACAAUGUACCCUUAAUUCUGACGAAAUUGGGUAUGGUUGCCGUUAAAAAUGUCACCGGUGGGCAGAACUAUGUCGUGGUUCUUGACGGACGGGUUCUUGGUUACGUCAAGAAGGAUUUGGCACCGAAAUUAGUGGAGCAGUUGCGCUUGUAUAAAAUUAAAGGUGAAGAGGUACCAAACACUUUGGAGAUUGUUUUGGUCCCGAUUUUGAAAGUUAGUGGUCAAUUCCCGGGGUUGUUUUUGUUUACGGGACCCGCGCGGAUGAUGAGGCCUGUGAUGAACCUGGCUUUGAAGGAGGUGGAGUUCGUGGGGACGUUCGAACAGGUUUAUAUGGAUAUUUGUGUGUCGGGGGAUGAAUUUUAUAAGGGAGUUACUACCCAUAUGGAACUGUCUAAACUGACGUUCCUGUCGAAUUUGGCCCAACUUAUUCCGAUGCCGGAUUGUAAUCAGUCACCGCGUAACAUGUACCAGUGUCAAAUGGGUAAACAAACCAUGGGUACUCCGUGUUUGAACUGGCCGCUACAAUCAGAAACCAAGCUCUAUAGGUUACAAACCCCAGGAUCGCCGCUUUUUCGCCCGGUGCACUACGACAACAUCAAACUUGAUGACUUCGCCAUGGGUACUAACGCAAUAGUGGCGGUUAUUAGUUACACGGGCUACGAUAUGGAGGACGCUAUGAUUAUAAAUAAAGCCGCCGACGAACGAGGAUUCGCCCACGGUUCGAUUUUUAAAACCGAAUUCGCGAUGUUGGAACACUCGUCGUCGUACUUCUGUCGAGACCCGGAAAAACCCACCUUGGUGGAAUUUCUGGACACCGAUGGGUUACCCUUCAUCGGGAGACGAAUGAAGGACGGAGAACCCUUUUAUUGUUACUACAGCGUAGACGAAUCCCAAUACAAAGUAGUCAAGUUUCACGGCAAAGAAGAGUGUUUUGUGGACAGCGUGAAGAUGUGCUCUAGUUUCGAAACGUCGAAUCGGACAGCGUGCGUCACUUUCAGGAUUCCCCGAAACCCAUCUGUCGGUGAUAAAUUCGCUAGUCGCGCUGGUCAAAAAGGCAUUUGUUCGCAAAAGUGGCCCAUGGAAGAUCUACCCUUCACCGAAACCGGGUUAGUUCCGGACAUCGUUUUCAACCCUCAUGGGUUUCCGUCGCGGAUGACCAUCGCUAUGAUGAUCGAAGUGAUGGCUGGAAAAUCAGCCGCUUUGCACGGAUUGGUCCAUGACGCUACCCCGUUUAAAUUCACUGAAGAUGACACAGCGAUUGACUAUUUCGGGAAACUGUUGGAGGCUGGAGGGUACAACUACUACGGGACGGAGACCAUGUAUUCAGGGAUCGACGGGCGAGAAUUGACUGCACAAAUCUUCUUCGGUAUAGUUCACUAUCAGAGGUUGCGGCACAUGGUUUCAGAUAAGUGGCAGGUGCGUUCCACUGGUCCUAACGACAUUCUAACCCGCCAACCCCUGAAAGGGAGAAAGCGAGGAGGGGGUGUUCGUUUCGGGGAGAUGGAGCGUGAUUCGUUGAUCAGUCACGGGGCGUCGUUUUUGCUCCAGGAUAGGUUGUUACAUUGUUCAGAUAAAUCAAGUGCUUUUAUUUGUACGUCGUGCGGCACAUUGUUGGGUCCCGUUACCAUAGUAACAAGAGUCGCCGAAAAGCCGAGUUGGUCCAGUUACAAAGAUAUUUGUAGGUUAUGUGGCCACGGCAAAAACGUGUCCGAGAUUCAAAUUCCUUACAUUUUUAAGUUUUUUGUGACGCAGAUGGCGUCGUGUAAUAUAAACGUCAAAAUUGUGACGCGCCAGGUGUGACGCUAGCGCCACGCCAACAAAUAUACAACUUCACUCUA